CAGCAGCUCUUAUGUGGAGACAUAAGAACAUGUUCAUUUUAAACAUACUCCAUACGCUCAAUUUGUGGAAUGCAUUAAAGCGAUUGAUUGCCAAUAAAAUGUGUUAUGUGUCGAGCUGGCGGUGGGGUUUGUAGGUAGCCUGGCAGACUAAGCCCAGGGAAAAGAAAUACAAAUCGUGCACAAUUUACCGGACGUGUGUUUUUUUUUUUUCUUUUCUCUUGCCGGGCGGUUCGCUUACUAUAGCAACCGUGAAGUGGAUUCAGCAACAAGGAGGUAGUUUGGACGUUGCCGAAUGGUUAGUCUCUUGUUUAACGUUAUAUAUUUCAGUCUUAAAAAGUUAAUGCAGCCUAAGCUUACAUAUAUAGGUAUAGAGGACGACAAGGGAACUCAACAUCUGUGGCAGACUGAAAACUGGCUUCUUUUGAAAAAUCUGUCUGGGAAAAUGAAUGUUGGUGGUGGAGCUAACGAUGUGCAGGCGGAGCUGGACUCGGUGGAGGCUGAGCUGGAGUUGGUGGAGCUGGAGCUCACAGAGCUCCUGGAGAAGCAGUCCAAGCUGACUUCUCGGAAGAAUGAACUGUUGCAGCAGCUAGAGGAGGCCUGCGAUGCUGCGCAGCCUUCAUCUUCUUCGUCCUCGUCAUCUUCAAAGUCAUCUGGAGGUGAACCACGGAUGAGCAAGCAGGAAAUGCAGCACUAUGAUGGCACAGAUUUCCCAUGGUCUAAAGAAGUGGAGCAGCACCUGAAAGACUCGUUCCAUCUCUCCAAGUUCAGACCACUGCAGCUGAGAGCUGUCAACCUAACUCUAACAGGCAAAGAUCUGUUCCUGGUGAUGCCUACAGGGAGAGGAAAAAGUCUCUGCUACCAGCUGCCGGCUGUCUGCUCCAAGGGUUUCACGCUGGUUGUCACUCCCCUGGUGUCCCUGAUGGAAGACCAAAUCAUGUACCUGAAGUCCAUCAGCGUGUCAGCAGUCAUGCUAAAUGCAUCCAGUAGCAAGGAGCAUGCCAAGACAGUCAUGGCUGGAAUGACGGAUCCAAAGGCCCCUUUCAAGCUGGUGUAUGUGACUCCAGAGAAGAUUGCUAAAAGCAAGCUGCUUAUGUCUCGUCUGGAGAAAGCUUACAACACAAAUUUGCUGAGUCGUAUCGCUGUGGAUGAGGUGCACUGCUGCAGUCAGUGGGGACAUGACUUCAGACCAGAUUAUAAACUUCUAGGCAUCCUGAAGAGACAGUUCCCCAAGGUCCCCCUGCUGGGCCUCACAGCCACGGCAACCAGCAGUGUCCUAAAGGACUGUGAGAAGAUCCUGUGUGUGCAACAGCCAAUCACACUUACUGCCUCCUUCAAUCGGACCAACCUCUACUACGAGGUUCGUAUUAAACCUUGUGACAAUGAGGCCGCAAUAAGUGACAUUACCUCUCUAAUCAAGAGCAGGUACAAGGACCAGUCAGGGAUCGUGUAUGUGUUCUCCCAGAAGGAUGCAGAGUUGGUGUCAUCUGAACUGCAAAAGAGAGACAUUCUGGCAUAUCCUUACCACGCUAACAUGGACCCUGAAGACAAGUCCCGGGUUCACCGCAAAUGGACCUCUAACAAAAUCCAGGUGGUGGUAGCCACAGUGGCGUUUGGCAUGGGAAUCGACAAGCCUGACGUCAGGUUCGUCAUCCACCACACCAUCAGCAAGUCCAUCGAGAACUACUAUCAAGAGAGUGGACGUGCAGGUCGAGAUGACAAGCAAGCAGAUUGCAUUGUCUACUUUGGCUUUGCUGACAUCUUCAGGAUAAGCACCAUGGUGGUGAUGGAGAAUGUUGGACAACAGAAAUUGCUCCAGAUGGUUGACUACUGCCAAAAUGUUGACAGGUGUCGGCGCUCUCUCAUGGCUGUUCACUUUGAUGAGGUGUGGGACGAUGAAGGAUGCAGCCAGAUGUGUGAUACUUGUCGCAAUGCAAAAGACUACACCACUGUGGACAUUACCCAGCAUGCCAGGGAGGUGGUGCAGAUUAUGGAGGUGGCAGCAUCCAUGGAUGAGAAACUUACUCCACUAAAACUGGUGGAGGCCUGGAUGGGCAAAGGCCCAGCCAAGCGGAGGAAGAUGAUCCAGACCACUACAUUGUCUCGGCUGCAGGCUGAAGCUGUGAUUGUCCGCCUGCUGCUGCAGGGAUAUCUCAGGGAGGAUUUCAGCUUUACUCCAUACACCACCUACUUCUAUAUGAAGCUGGGGCGCAAGGCCCCUCUGCUGAAGAGCCAAACACAUACACUCAACAUGAAGAUGAGGACAGCAGGGGCCGCUGUGGACACUGUUGAAGUCAAUGGUGAAGAAGUCAAUAUAACAUUUUACCCCACUGGCAUGGAGAAUAGCUGCUCACCACAACCAAAACAGAAACUAUUGAAGCAACAGAGAAACCUGUCUAGGAAACAAGACUUGAAACCUUUUAGUCAGAUAGACAGACAGAUGGAGAGAGCAGAUAAACAGAUGGAAGACAAAUGCAAAGAGGAAGAAGAGAAGAGGACACCUAUUAUGUCCCAUCAUGUAGUUGAAGUUAAUGUUGAAAUUAAUAGAGUAUAUAACAUAGGUAGUGACAGUCAGGAAACACCAUCACAUCCAGUUAAACGUUGUUCCAAACGCAAAUCGACUUCCUCUCAGAGAGCGAGGAAAAAACCCCCGGGCAGUGUAACAGCUACAGCAGGCUGUGACACCUUCACAACGUCCGUGCCCAGCUCUCCAUCUCAGGUGUCCAUCAUCUCUGACACGGCAGCCGAGGAGCUCUGUGACCUCAGGAACUACUACAGCAAACAGCUGAAGAGAAUAAACUACAUUUCCCAUGAGUAUCUGGGACAGCCUGCAGAGCCAAGUGUCCUGGCAUGUAUCUGGGAGCCUCUGAAGAGCCUCCGUCUUCCCCGCAGGGUGACCAUCACCCAGACAGCACGUAGCUUAUGGACACGUGUCAGCGGCAGAAGAAAACUUGUCCACCGCUGAUGUUUAAUGUUCUGCUCUCUAUUGUAAAGAAGCCAAUAUGUGUAGGAUUUAGAAAUGUGACUUUGGAGUUACCUGGUGCUUACAACCAAAUCCCUAUACACAUCUGCGGGAAACACUGGGAUGAAUGAACUAAAAGCAUCAUAUUAUAGUAUUGUCGACUUUUCAACAAACACUAUUUUUAUGAUGCUGCAAGAGAAAAAUACGCAGCUCUACCCCAAAUCAGAGGAAAUUAACAAAACAGUGCAAGGUGGGGAAUACAAAUGUAAAGGAACUCAUUAUUAUGGGCAUGAUUUUAAUCUUUUUAAAAUCCCUCAAGGAAAAAUAUGUAACCUGACACUGUAACAUCCGUAGGAGGUGAUUAUUGAUUGUGUGCCCUGUACUGUAUGCUCAUGAUGGAACCACAUGUUCAUAUGUUAACCAACACAUCCAGGAUUUCCUUUAACAUACUAACAAACACUUCCGCCACUGUAAAUCUACCAGGCUUGCCACAGUAAUGUCACCUUUCUGGCACUGACAGUGACACUGGCUUUUUGAAUAAACCCGUAACCAACCGACCCCCAGGGAAGUUUAUGCUAACAGUGAUGUGUUGAAAGUGAAAAGUGAACAAUGCACACUGACCCAUGUAACUGCUUAAGUCAAUGACACAUCAGAUUAUCACGAUAAUUAUUAUAAAAACAAUAUGUUAUAAAGAACACACUGUUUCCUCAUACAUAAAAAGCACAGUGACAUCCACAUUUAUGAUUAAAAAAACCUGAAAGAAAACUCAAAUAGGGAUAUUUCAGAAAAUGUCUGGCAUUGUAUAUAUUUAAAUGCAUAUUUUGAACAGUGCAUAAACCCACUGGUCUCAUUGUUACAGACAAUGAAUGAAUAUUUGUGUUCAAACCAUGUUGUUAGUUUCUGUAGAUUUUCUGUGAAAAUAUGGGUUCCCUUAAUUUCUGAGUAUAGGUCCCUUGAAAUGAUGCUGAUAUAAAAAUGAUGAUAAAAAAAAAAUUCAUUUUAAA